AUGGCGGACCCGCCGCCGCGGUCCCCGGCCCGCCACCCGGAGCUGCGGCGGCCGAGCAGCGGGGGGAGCCUCAACGGCGCCCCCCCGCGGGGCCCGCCGACGCCGACGUCCGGCGGCCGCGAGGACCCGCGGCGCAACGGCGAGCGGGCGCCGCGCCGCGGCUCGAGCGCGCGGAAUCCCCAGAGGCUGCCCGACGCGACGGUCGUGCUCAACAUCUACGACGUCGUCGAGCACCCCUUCGCGUACAGCAUCGGCAAGUGGAUGACGCUGGGCAUCCACCACACGGGCAUCCAGGUGGGCAUGCGCGAGUUCGCCUUCACGCUCGAGGGCAUCGUCAUCACGGAGCCGCACCGCAUCCCCCGGUGCAAGCUCACGCACCGAAUUCUAUUGACGCGGAACGCGACGGACGCCAUGGUCCAGGGGGCCCUGACGAAGCUCCAGCGCGAGUUCACGCCGGCGACCUACGACCCGCUCCUCAAGAACUGCAACCACUUCAGCGACGCCUUCUGCGCGCGCAUCGGCACGAAGCACGUGCCGCGCUGGGUGAACCGCGCGCCGACGAUGGCGUCCAUGCUCGGCACGCGGUUCCGCCUCCGGCCGGCCAAGGUCACGGCGCCGCCCGUGGCCUGGUCCGUCAUGAUCCCCGACGGCGAGGCCGCGGCCAAGGGUUUGGCGUCGAACCCGCUGCCGCGCGCGCCGCCGGGCGCGCUCAUGAACGGGCUCAUCAACGGCAUGUACAGCAGCCAGAAGAAGAAGGAGCUCGUCGAGGCGUCGACGAUCGUCGCGUUCGACUCGGGCCUGUGA